AAGAAGAAGAAGAAGAAGAAGCAGCAGCAGCAGCAGCAGGAGCAGCAGCAGGGCAGGGCCUGGUCUGUGGUGGAAGUGCCGCGAUCGUUUCUUGCGUUUAGCGAUCUAUGAAAAUUGCAACGUUAACAUGAGUUCAACGAUUGUUUGACUUUAGGGGAAGCACACCACAUUUAACAGGUUAUCAUAUCUUGCGUUAAACGGAAUCAUACCGUAAAGUUAAAGAUAGUUAUAUUGCCAUUCCCGCUUUAUCCUCGCCUUAGCUAACGUUAGCCGCGUUAGCCUGACUUGAAUGGUGGACGGAGGUAAGACAACUGUGUGACGUAAGCAGCAGAAGGUUGACAAUGUCAAGACCACGAUCACAAUCUCCACGUUGUAGGAGGUUGCCAUGGGAGGAAUCUGACUUUGAUCCUUACAGACUUGUUGCACAGCUGGACAGGAAUGAAUUUGAGAGGAGCCACCGCCUCAGAGAAGACCUUGAAGAACACUACUUCAGUGAAAGCAUGUACCCAGGGGGCCAGAGAAGAUCAUUUCCUUUCCCAGACGAGUAUCUGUCUGGGCAUCAACAUCAUCCAGACCAGGAGGAACUUUACCAUGGGAGGGCAUCCCUGCAUCAUGACAUGAUGGGCUUUGAUGAGCAGGGGCUUUCUCUGCAUCAUUCCAGAAGAGGGUUUCAAGAACAUUUUGAGAGUUUUGAAAACACGGGAGGGUCAUCCCCAUCACCUCCGCAGUUGGUGAGGGAAAUAUUGCCACCAACGCCAAGGUCUCACUCAGACCACCAACAGAGAGAGGGGGGGGUGGCCUGGAGGACAGAGGAGCAGGGCAGACAUCGAGGGAGGUUCAGAGACUUCAGUCCCAACGUGAGGUACAGGAAUGGAGAGAACUUUAGGGAACAGCCUCACUCAAUGGACAAACCCAGAGAUGCUCGGGAAACCCUUCACCAUGAGGACAGUUGGCAUUUGCCACCACUUGUCAUUGAACAUGAUCAUGGCAUUGGUGAUAUCAGACAAGUCCCUUGGUGGGACCAGUAUGGAGAUAACAGAGGUCUGGACACUAAGUUUGAUCAGCGUCCCCGUCCACUGAUCUCCCCGCCGGAACAUUUCAGAUCAUCAGAAAGUAGGCUGGAUGAUCGGGAAGAUGCACAAGGAUACCAUUUUCAGGAUAAUGGGAGAGACCCCAAAUAUCCUGAAAGUAGGAGUAGCCCUAUGCUGCAAGACAGACCUAUGAGAUAUGGUAACCGAGAUGGUCCCGUGAGCUACAAGGGGAAGGGAGGUCCUCGUCCUCUGAGAGGGAGGUUGAGUCAUGCACAGGGUGGAAGGACUGGACCACCCAGGAACCAACCACGCCUACAGCAAUCUUCCCAGGGAUACCAAAAUCCUCCUCAUGAAGAGCAAAGACCAGGGUUCCGACCCUUUAGGGAAGAUUACAGGGAUCCCAUCGAAGGGGACCUUAACUGGGCAGAAGAAGACAGGCUUCAACAGUGGGAAUCUGGCAGGCCUGGAAGUCUGGACCGACACCUGCCAAGGGUUGACUUGGACCCUCACAUGCUCCGUCAGAGGGAGCACGGAUGGAUUGAUAGGAAAACCAAUAUGACUGUUGCACCGGAGGAAACGCUAACCAUCAAAGUGGACAUGAGCCGACCCGUAAAUGAAAACAGCCUGCUGUGUUACUCCUCAGACAGGCAGCUCUCUUUAGAUUUGGUCAACGUGGGUCGUCAGCGUCUGGACUUCCUGCCCAUGUUGGAGCACUCUGGGACGUACCGAGAAACUGCCAUGCACACUGGGACCUUUGCCCAGGAAAUCAUCACACUGGUGCAUCAAGUCAAAGAGCAGUACUUCAGAGAUGAUGGGGUCACCCUGAACGAGCGUUUCUCCACCCCCCCAAACGGCGGCCGCUCUGAAGAAGUGAUGGAGGAGCUGACUUUGGAUGAGAGGUUCAAUUCAAACCGAGGCUUCAGCCUCAAAAUGAAGUCACAGCUUGAUGAUGAUGAUGAUGAGCCUCUGUUCAGACCUGGACAUAUGCAGGGUCCCAGCCAGCAGCCAGUGCGAGCCCCGGGGGAUCUGAGGCAUGACCUGGAGAGGAGGAGGCAGGAGAGGCUCGAGGGGGUUAAAGUCACGAUACCAGGGAGCAGCAUGUCCCUGCACCCGCUCAGUGAGAUGGAUACCGAGUACAGAGACAAAGACGAGAUGGAGGAGGGAGGAUUUUCCAACCUGCCAGAGGAUCAGAGCAAGAGGCGAGAAGCCAACAUGGGACCAAGAAGAGGAGCUUCCUACAGACAGAACACCGGCCCCCAGCGCAGGAACAAUCGCUCUGGUAACCGGCCUGGACAGAUGAGGCGACAGAACAACCGCAGCAACCCUGCCGGUCCCAGCUGGUGAUUGGACAACAGGAGAACAAUACAUCUCUUCAUGACUGAUUGGAAAAGCAAGCAAAUAGUAAGAAAUACUUUGUUCUCAAGGUGGGUUGGACUGAGCCUGAUCAGCGGCACGGUGCUGACUUCUCUGACUGUGAGGGUCUGUUGAGGUCUCUGCAAAUGAAAAUGUUAUUUCCAGCGCUGCAGACUUUAGUUCUACAACUCUGUUUCUGCAGAGGAGGAUUAGGGCCACUGGAAAAAAAAGACUGCUCUGAACUCUGACUUACUUGUAAAGGUCAGAUUUAAAAUUAACUUUUUUUAUUUUUUUUACAGUGGCCCUAAUCCUCUUCCAUAGCUCACACCUUUUUCUUUUUCCAUUUUUGACUUGUCUUUCUGUAAUUGCUUUUUUCCUGGUCUCAUGCAGCUGCCUAGUGUUCAUUUUUCUAAAGCUUAUGUUUAUUGGGAUAAUGUUGUCUAAAGCUGUGUUGUUAGAUCCCUUACAGCAAUGUUAAGUUGCAACAAAAACGUACACUAUCCUUGUAACAAAUCUGAUUAGCAAUUGUACGGUAGUUUGUUUUUUUGGGUGUUACCCAGUGAUAGAUAGUGAAUGUACUAUAGAUGCUCCUCUGAUUCGUGUUGUUUCACCUACACAGUGCAGUGUUAUGUUUUACCAGCCUCACUGUCAGUGACAUGUUGCUCAUCAGCUAUUGUCUAAAUAAAAAUUUUCCAUUUCAGUUUUGUCUGAA